UAUUACAUCAUUUUCCCCGACAACACACAAGAAGCCAUACAUUAAAUCCCUAAAACCUGCAUGUCCUUUUCAUUAUGGAUCCUUAUGAAGAAGAAUUUUGAAAUUUUUAUAGUUAAAGCUAGACUUCAAAUAUAGAAAUGAAUAUUUUUCUUCAAAAGGUGAUGGCUAGAUCAUUGUUGGUAAAAUAUUUGCAGAAUUUGAUGUUUAAAACUUGAGAGACAAGAGAUGAUCGUUUCCUAAUUAAUUUCCCCAAGGGAUUGUAUGUCUCAUUUUCAAUAGCAUGAUGGACAAAGAAGAAGAUAAAGGCCAGCUAGGCCUUCUACACCAAUUCCACCAACUCAGGGAUAUUAUGGUCCAAGAAAUGCCUACUGCCUGCCAUUUAUGAUGCAUCCAAAUACAUAUAUGAAUUCAUAUACAUACACAUGGGGUAGCCAACCCCCCACCAAUGCCACAUUUUCCAACAACGUUCAUCUACCAUUCGUAAAGUAAUGCGGAGGAGUCGGGCCCUGUUGAACAAACGAUCCAGCCGCCACCAAUGCCAUCACUUCCAACAACGUUCAUCUAUCCUUCGUCGAGUAAUGCGGAAGAGUUGGGUCAUCUUCAACAAGCGAGCCAACCCCCACCAAUGCCACCUUUUCCAACAUCGUUCAUCUAUCCUCCGUCGACUAAUGUGGAGGGCCGUCUUCAACAAGCGAUCCAACCCCCACCAAUGCCACAUUUUCCAACAGCGUUCAUCUAUCCUCCGUCAACUAAUGCGGAGGAGUCAGGCCGUCUUCAACAAGAGAUCCAACCCCCACCAAUGCCACAUAUUCUAACAACGUUCAUCUCUCCGCCAUCGAGUAAUGCAGCGGAGGAGUUAGGACAUGUUCAACGAACGAGCCAGCCCCCACCAAUGCCACUUGUUCCAACAACGUUCAUCUGCCCUCCGUCGAGUAAUGCAGAUGAGUCAGGGCAUGUUCAACAAAUGAGCCAGCCUCCACCAAUGCCACCUAUCCCAACAAUGUUUUACCCUCUGUCGACUAAUAUGGAAGAGUCGGGUCAUCUCCAACAAAUGAGCGAGCCCCCAUCAAUGUCAUGCCCUCCAUCGAGUACCGAAGAGGAAUUGAGAAGCACUGGAAAGACAGCAAGUAAUGCGGAGACUACAAGUAAUGUUGGAGGAAGAAGGUGGAGGUCGAGACGACAACUGAUUUCAAUUCCACAAACCAAACCAUCCCAUGUUCAUCCGCAUUCUGCAUUGAGAAGCAAUUUCAAGCUGUGUAUACGAACGCGAAAUUUAAGGAGGUCCAACUAGAGGUGUGGGGAAUGAUUUUAUGUAACUACAUACUUAUAAGCAAGGAGGGUUACAUUUCUACCUAUGAUGUUUUGGAUGAAAUUACCACUGAUGAUGACCAUGUCAAGAGCGUGAAGUACACAAUUUACUUUAACGAGGAGGAAGUUGAUGUUAAAUGCACAUGUGCAUUAUUUGAGAUAAGGGGGAUUCUCUGUAUGCAUGCAUUGAACGUUUGCUAGAUGAAUAAGAUUCAUGCAUUGUUGAAUAAGUACAUCUUGGAUCGAUGGAGGAAGGACUUAAAGAGGAGAUAUAUGGUGGUAAAAAGUAGCUAUGACGACUUGCGGCAGAAAGUGGACCAACGAAAAGGAAGGUUCCACCUUUGGAGAAGGCUACAACAAAGCGAAAGAAGAAACCGACUUGUAGGAAAAUAUUUGAUGAAGCAUCACAUGAUGGUGAGGUAUCGGAAGCUCCAGAAACUGAUCAGGUACUUAGUGCAAUCAAUGAUGAUUUUGUUGUUCUAACACAAUGUAGUACUUUCACAAACCCAACGCCAUCGGAAAAUGAGGAGAAGUGAGGUUGUAGCUACUAGCAAGUAUUUGAUGAAUUUUGAUUAUAGUGAUGUAUUUUGAUGUAUCAGGGUCGUUGUGAUGUAAUUGAUGUAUUUUGAUGGUUGUGGUGUAUUUUGACAUAUUUUGGGAGUUGUGAUGUAUUUGAUGUAUUUUGGAGAUAUUGAUGUAUUUUGACAUAUUUUGGAAGUUGUGAAGUAUUUGAUGUAUUUUGGGGGUAUUGAUGUUCUUGAAUGAAUUUUGUACGACGUUGAUAUACGUCGCCUUUUAUUUUGGAUAUUUAUGCUUUCUAAGAUG